GGAUUUGGAUGUCUUUGUGUAUAUUCUCGUUCCGAAGAUACCAUGGAGCUCCAGUUAUGAUUCUCAGAAUCCGAGACUGUGCUCGCUGAAUGAUGUCGAUGUUGCUUCUCGAUGCAUUGCCCCAUAGCUCGGAGCCAUUGGUCCAUAUGGGUUUAAGAACGGAGUUAUACAAAAGGAUAAGCGACAAAAGGAUAAUACGAAAGGAUAAGAUAUAUAAGCCAGUGACUGGCCUCUAUGUGUUUCCGCCAGAUGAUGAUGAUGUUGUCAUGGAAACCCGACAACUACUAACCAUCUUUGACCAAUUGGCCGAGACUAGCCAAAAAAUUCGGUCUUUAGAAACUGUGUUGGAGGAGAACCCGAAGCAGCUGGCGAAGACGGCUGAGAUCAGCCAACGAGUUGGGGCCUUAGAAACUGUGUUGGAGGCGAACACAAAGCAGCUGGAGGAGACCAAAAACCAGGUUGCGAGGAUGACGGCCUUGUUGGAGGUUUUUGUAAAGGGGAAGGCGAAGGAUGUGGCUGUGGAAGUGGCGUUCCCAGUGGCAUCGUUAAAGGACCUGGUAGUUAUAGAGCUGGAAAUAAGCCCAGAGUCCAAAGAACGCUAUAUGGAAGCAAUAACACAAAUAUUAAAGCGCAACCAUUUGUAAAAGGCAAUCAAGGGUAUUUUGACAGAAACGCUGCCAGCGGAGACGGCCUUAGCCCACGCACUUGCAUUUGUAAAAAAUAACGCUAAUAAAAAAAGGAAAAAAUUAAUGUAAUAAGAGAAAAAAUAAAAAUUUAAUUUACCAUUCAAA